GCAUUCUUUUUAGCAAUGGAAGCAGAUGGAAAGAGACGAGGAGAUUCUCACUCAUGACUCUGAGGAAUCUGGGUAUGGGCAAAAGGAGCAUUGAGGACCGUGUACAAGAGGAAGCACAGUGUCUUGUGGAGGAACUGAGGAAAACCAAUGGCUCACCCUGUGAUCCCACGUUCAUCUUGGGCUGUGCUCCCUGCAAUGUGAUCUGCUCCAUUAUUUUCCAGAAUCGUUUUGAUUAUAAAGAUCAGGAUUUUCUUAACUUCAUGGAAAAACUAAACGAAAAUGCCAGGAUCCUGAGCUCGCCCUGGUUUCAGGUCUGCAAUAAUUUUCCUUUACUAAUUGACUACUGUCCAGGAAGUCAUCACAGAAUAAGAAAAAAUAUGGAUUAUAUCAAAAGUUACUUUAUGGAGAAAAUAAAAGAACAUCAGGAAUCAUUGGAUGUUGCCAAUCCUCGAGACUUUAUUGAUUAUUACCUGAUUAAACUAAAGCAGGCAAACCACAAUCAGCAAUCAGAAUUUUCACAUGAAAAUCUGGCGGCCACUGUGGGUGAUCUGUUCGGUGCUGGCACAGAGACAACGAGCACAACGCUGAGGUAUGCUCUCCUGCUCCUGCUGAAGCACCCACACGUCACAGCUAAAGUCCAGCAAGAGAUUGAUCAAGUGGUUGGCAGACACCGCAACCCCUGCAUGCAGGACAGGAGCCGCAUGCCCUACACAGAUGCCAUGAUUCAUGAGGUCCAGAGAUUCAUAGACCUCGUCCCCACCAACCUGCCCCAUGCUGUGUCCUGUGAUAUUAAAUUCAGGGACUACUUCAUUCCCAAGGGAACAACGAUAUUAACAUCACUGUCAUCAGUGCUGCAUGACAGCAAGGAAUUCCCCAACCCAGAGGUAUUUGACCCAGGCCAUUUUCUAGAUAAAAAUGGAAACUUUAAGAAAAGUGACUACUUCAUGCCUUUUUCAACAGGAAAACGGAUGUGUGCAGGAGAGGGCCUGGCACGCAUGGAGCUGUUUCUAUUCCUGACUACCAUUUUACAGAACUUUAAGCUGAAGUCUCUGGUUCACCCUAAGGACAUUGAUACAACCCCAGUGGUAAAUGGAUUAGCCUCACUGCCACCCUCCUAUCAGCUCUGCUUCAUUCCUAUCUAAAGAAGAUAAGACUUUCUGGCCCUGGCUGUGUUGUUUUCUCCAAUCCCCUCUAGACCUUCAAUCCAUCAGAGACAAAGUGUCCUUCCCCCCCUCUCAUGUAUUCCCAUUUAGUCAAGCCCCAAGAAACACCUGUCAAUUAUUUUGCAAUAUCUGGAAUCACUGUAUAAAUGUAUUUCUAUUUGUUAUUCUUUGCAA